GUCCUCCUGUCACCUGAGCGGACGACUUCCGGGUUGCUCCGUGUCACAUGACAGCUAGAGCAUCUGCAGGAUUGAAUGCUGCACAACGAUUUGAUGUAAAUCUGUGAAAGCUGGUGUCACCAGACAUGGAUUUCUGUACCGCUAACUGGUACCCUCUGGGGGACGUGUAUUACCGUAAGUUUGAAUUGUAUCAAAUGGAAUGGAAUGUCAGAGAAGAAUUUAAAGAUUGUCUUGUGGCAGUUGGUCCAUAUGGAGGAUCAAUAGCCUUGAUGAAAAACUAUUUGACAAAAGAGAAACCGAGCAGUUCACGUCCCAUUUUAGAAACGUACUCCGCAUCUGGUGUUCUUUUAGCCACAAUUCCGUGGAAGAGUGGACAAGUGGUGCACCUGGGAUGGACAGUAUCUGAAGAUCUAAUGUGUAUUCAGGAAGAUGGAACUGUAUUAAUAUACGACAUCUUUUGUGUAUAUAAACGCUCUUUUAGCCUGGGAAAUGAAAUUAAACAGAACCAGAUUCUGGAAGCCAAGGUGUUUCAUUCUGAAUAUAGAACUGGAAUUGCAGUAUUAACGGGAGCUUUGAACUUUACUCUGACUUCAAAUAUUGAUGACGUAAAACUGCGCCGGAUGCCAGAAAUGCCAAAUCCUAAAGUUCUACCAUCAUGUUGGACUAUUCUUUUUCAGGACAGAAUAACAUUAAUUUUGCUAGCUAUAGGCAAUGAUUUGUACCUGCUGGAUAACACGGCAUGCUCUCUUGUAACUCUUCCUGGAAUGAGCCCAAUGUGUGGAGCAUAUCUUAAUUUUUCUGUUUCUUUUCAUCAUAAGUAUCUUGCAGUCUUUACAGAUAGUGGAUACAUUUGGAUGGGAAUGUCUUCACUCAAGGAAAAACUUUGGGAGUUUACUUCAGACACUCGGCAGGCACCCAAGCAAAUGGCCUGGUGCAUCAGGCCACAAAGUAAACAAAUUGCAGUUGUAGUAAUGUGGGACAAAAUGCUCCUUGUAGCUGGAAAAGGAAAUGAUGGCAUACAGUUUUCAUUGGAUGAAGAAACCUUCAUGGUUCUGGAGCUUGAUGGUGUCAGACUUAUUUCUCAUUCCACACAUGAAUUUCUUCAUGAAAUCCCAAAGGCAACAGAAGAGAUUUUCAAGAUAGCUUCGAUGGCCCCAGGUGCACUCUUAAUGGAGGCACAAAAAGAAUAUGAGAAACAAAGCCAGAAGGCCGAUGACUAUCUCCGUGAAAUAAAGGAUCAAAACCUGCUUCCUGUUGCAGUAGCAAAGUGUAUUGAAGCAGCUGGUUAUGAAUAUGCACCAGAAAUGCAAAAAUCUUUGCUUAGAGCAGCCUCCUUUGGGAAAUGCUUUCUUGAUUCCUAUUCACCUUCAGAUUUUGUGACAAUUUGCCGUGAUCUUCGUGUUCUCAAUGCUAUUAAUGACUACCAGAUUGGAAUCCCUCUGAGUAUCACACAAUAUAAGCAACUCACAAUUCCAGUGCUACUUGAUAGGUUAGUUUUAAGAAGACUCUAUCCUCUUGCUGUAAAAAUUUGUGAACACUUAAAACAGCCUGACUCUCAAGGAGUGAGCCGAAUUCUAGCGCACUGGGCAUGUUACAAGGUUCAGCAGAAAGAGAAAACAGAUGAAGAAGUAGCUCAGGCCAUCAAUCAAAAGCUUGGCGAUGCUGCAGGCAUUUCAUAUUCAGAGAUUGCUUCAAAGGCAUGUGACUGUGGCAGAACAGAAUUGGCUAUUAAACUGUUGGAGUAUGAGCCAAAGUCAGAGGAUCAAGUGCCAUUACUUUUAAAGAUGAAAAGAAGUAAUCUUGCACUUGGCAAAGCUAUUGAAAGUGGAGACACUGAUCUUGUGUACACUGUGGUGUCAUACAUGAAACAUGAAUUUAACCGUGGAGAUUUCUUCAUGACCUUGCAGAACCACCCAGUUGCUCUCAGUUUAUAUCAACAGUUCUGCAAACAUCAAGAACCAGAAACUUUAAAAGAUUUAUACAAUCAAGAUGAUAAUCAUCAAGAACUUGCAAAUUUUCAUGUACGAGCUAGCUACAGCACCGAAAAGAGUGUUGAGGGCCGUGUUGCAGAGCUGCAGAAUGCUGUUGAUGAGUACAACAGAGCAAAAAAUGAUUGGGCUGCCAAGGUAACAGAGGAUCAAAUUAAAUUGCUAAGGAUUCAGCGUGUACUACGUGAGCAGCUUAAUAAGCCUUAUCUGAACUACUCUUUACAUGAAACCGUCUACAACUUGAUACUUGAUAACAUGCAGAAAAAAGCUGAACAGCUUUAUAAAGAAUUUAAAAUUCCUGAAAAAAGGUACUGGUGGCUGAAACUAACUGCUCUGGCAGAGAAGAAUGAUUGGGAUGAGUUGGAGAACUUUUCAAAAAGUAAAAAAUCUCCCAUAGGAUAUUUGCCGUUUGUUGAAAUUUGUAUGAAGGAAAAAAACAAGUCCGAAGCAAAGAAAUAUAUUGCUCGCGUAAACCCUGAACAGAGGGUCAAGGCUCUUCUUUUAACUGGAGAUUUGGAACAAGCUGCGGAAGCUGCCAUUGAACAUAAAAAUGAAAAUGAAAUGAACAUGGUCUUGUCAAAAUGCAAUUCAGCUGCUGAUUCUGUUGCAGCAGAGAAGAUUGAACGUGCUAAAGUCUUGCUGCUUAAAAAAUAAUGCAUGCUUUGUCUGUCUCUAGUUUUAUAAUCUACUAUACUUGGGGGGGCUUAUUUAUAGCAAAGCGA